GUAGAGCUGUGAGCAGCGGGAGAGGAGAUACAAAGAAUGAGGAGAGGCAAAUCAUCAAUUACGAAUUUUCUGAAAUCUGUCUCUUCUCCUUUAGACAUUCGAACCCAGAAAUGGUCCUUUUGUUCUUCGACACAUUCCGAUCUGAAGAAACCUGUUUUUGACAUACCUCCAUUCAAACCGAAUGACAAUGACCUGAAGAAACCUGUCUUUGAGAUACCUCCAUUCAAACCAGAUGACAACGGCAUGAAGAAACCUGUCUUUGAGAUACCUCCAUUCAAACCGGAUGACAACGACGGCCUCGUACGCCGCUUUUGCAGAGAGAACAAAUUCAAAGAUGCCAUACUCCUUCUUUGUCAGCAGAAACGCCUGAGGGAAGCCAUUGAAAUCCUAGACCUUCUCGAUCGUUCUAAAACCUGCCCAGCUCCUGCAGUGUACUCUGCCCUCCUUCAGCUCUGCCUCCAACAGCGAGCGCUUAAAGAGGGCAAACGGGUCCAUGCUCACAUUAAGAGCUCAGGUUUCGUUCCUGGGCUCUUUAUCUCUAAUCGCCUCAUUGAUAUGUACUCGAAAUGUGAAAGCUUGACGGAUGCUCGUGAGCUGUUUGAGGAGAUGACAGACAGGGACUUAUGCUCUUGGAAUACCUUAAUUGCGGGAUACGCAAAAGCAGGGCAUCUUGAAGAAGCUCGCCAACUGUUUGACGAAAUGCCGCAGAAGGAUAAUUUCUCCUGGAGCACACUGAUCUCUGGGUAUGUUCGCUAUGACCGGCCCAAUGAAGCUUUAGAAUUGUAUAGAAGAAUGCAAAAAGAUGAGAAGCUGGAAGGCAACAAGUUCACUGUUGCUAGCGCUCUUUCAGCUUCUGCUGCCAUUCCGUGUCUUCGGCUCGGUAAAGAGAUUCAUGGGCAUAUAACGCGAACUGGGUUAGCUUCAGAUGCUGUGGUUUGGAGCGCCGUGACAAGUAUGUAUGGAAAAUGUGGGAGCGUAAAAAAAGCCAGACACAUCUUUGACGAGAUGUUGGACCGAGAUGUUGUUUCAUGGACUACGAUGAUUGGAAGAUACUUCGAAAGUGGGAAGAAGAAGGAAGGAUUCGAGUUGUUCUCAGAACUUUUGAGCUCAGGGGUCCGUCCCAACGACUUCACAUUAGCUGGGAUUCUGAACGCAUGCUCAGAUCUUGCUUCGGAGGAUCUUGGCAAACAGGUUCAUGGAUAUAUGACCCGAAUUGGGUUCGACCCUUUUCCAUUUGCUGCACUUGUCCAUAUGUAUUCGAAGUGUGGGAACAUUGAGAGUGCCAAAAGAGUUUUCGAAGCAGUGCCCCAACCUGAUCUGCUCUCAUGGACUUCCAUGAUUUCUGGCUAUGCGCAGAAUGGUCAACCUGAGGAGGCUCUUCGAUACUUUGAGUUGCUACUUAAAUCGGGUACCAAGCCUGAUCAUGUUACAUUUGUUGGUGUUCUUUCUGCAUGUGCUCAUGCUGGAUUAGUCGAUAAAGGCCUUGCGUAUUUCCAUUCGAUUACUGAGAAGCACGGGUUGACACACACUGCUGACCAUUAUGCUUGUAUAAUCGAUUUGCUUGGCCGAUCAGCCCGAUUUGGAGAAGCUGUAGAGGUUAUUGAUCGAAUGCCUAUGAAGCCCGAUAAAUUUUUAUGGGCUGCCUUGCUUGGUGGUUGCAGAAUUCAUGGAAACCUGAGUUUGGCAAAAAGAGCUGCAGACGCAUUAUUUGAACUAGAGCCUGAUAAUGCCACAACUUAUGUCACAUUAGCCAACAUCUAUGCCACCUCCAGUAUGUGGGAUGAAGUGGCGAAGAUCAGAAAGAAAAUGGAUGAUAAGGGGGUGGUGAAAAAACCAGGUUCAAGUUGGAUCAAAGUUAAGAGAAAGGUCCAUGUAUUCUUGGUGGGAGAUAGAACUCAUCCCAAAAUUAAUGAAAUCUAUGGUUUUCUGGAAGAGCUAUCGACAAGGAUGAAGGAGGAAGGAUAUGCUCCUGACACAAAUUUUGUAUUGCAUGACAUAGAGGAAGAGCAAAAGGAACAAGACCUUACCCACCACAGUGAGAAGCUUGCAAUUGCAUUUGGUAUUAUUGCUAUGCCAACUGGAACACCAAUCAAGGUCUUUAAGAAUCUGAGGACUUGUGGAGACUGCCAUACUGCAAUUAAAUUUAUCUCAAAGAUUGUUGCAAGAGAGAUCAUUGUUAGGGAUUCAAACCGGUUCCAUCAUUUUAAAGAUGGCAGCUGUUCAUGUGGAGACUUCUGGUGAUUUGCCUUGGUACUCGGCUGAUAGAUUUCACCAGUUGUAACAUAUUCUUCCCAAUUAAUUGACAAAAAUAGGGAAGUUUGAUUAACUUGACCUACCUUCCUCCUGAGUGCAGAUUGAGAUUUUCUUCCUAUGUUGACAAGCUUUUUAGAUGAUUAGAGGGGGCUUUUGUUGUUAAA